CAUCCGGGUGCCGCGGCACCGCCCACCGCCGGCCUCCCGGCUACCGCUGCCGCCCGGGGCCAGCGAGGGCCGCGCCGCAGCCGCUCCGGGCUUCUCCCAUGCGAGUCGCUGCCCGCUGUCCGGCCGCUGGCGUGCGGCGGGGAGCGGCCGAGUGGUCGCCGCCAUGAUGCCGGCCCUGGCCGCCCAGCGGCGGGGCUGUCGCGGCCUCUACCGCCUGUACCUGCGGUGCCAGGCGGCUCCGCUCCCCCGCGCCUGCCACGGAUGGCAAACUUCAAUGAAAAGCAGGAGUUUGUCUUAUAUUCUACAAUGCAAUCGUCUGCCGGUGCAGUUGGUGAGUCAAGUGAGAGUUUAUACCUCCAAUGGUCAGAAAAAAGAUCUUGGAUCAGAAGAUAAACGUGGAUCAGCCCCUGAAGAAGCCCAACGUAAAGUUGGAACAGGACAAGAUACAGCCAAUGCAGGUCAGAAGCAGUCUUUCCUUAAAGAGCCAAUUCAAGUAAAAGUGAAAGCAGUCCUUAAAAAGAGAGAGUAUGGACCAAAAUACACACAGAAUAACUUCAUCACUGGAGUCAGAGCAAUAAAUGAGUUUUGUCUUAAAUCCAGUGAUUUAGACCAGCUGAGGAAAAUUAAACGACGAAGCCCCCAUGAUGACACUGAGUCUUUCACUGUGUACCUGAGAUCGGAUGUAGAGGCAAAGUCUCUUGAAGUUUGGGGUAGUCCAGAGGCUCUUGCUAGAGAAAGAAAACGCCGUAAAGAAGCAGAGAUCAAGUACAGGGAAAAUCUAUUUAGAAACCAAAGGCUGUUGUGGGAAUACAAGCAGUUCUUUGGAAACACUAAGCCACGCUCCAGUACAGCAGCUAUGUUUUUGAAGGGACCAGGGAAGGUGGUAAUGGUAGCAAUUUGCAUAAAUGGGUUGAAUUUUUUCUUUAAGCUACUUGCUUGGGUUUACACGGGUUCUGCAAGUAUGUUUUCAGAAGCCAUACACUCUUUAGCAGACACAUGUAACCAGGCAUUGCUAGCUUUGGGCAUCAGUCAGUCUGCAAGGACCCCCGACCCUACUCAUCCGUAUGGUUUCUCCAACAUGCGCUAUAUUGCCUCCCUGAUUAGUGGGGUGGGCAUUUUCAUGAUGGGUGCAGGACUUUCUUGGUAUCAUGGGAUCAUAGGUUUACUCCACCCUCAUCCUAUAGAAUCUCUUCUCUGGGCAUACUGCAUUUUAGCAGGGUCAUUGGUGUCUGAAGGAGCUACCCUUCUUGUUGCUAUAAAUGAAAUUCGCAGGAGUGCCCGAGCCAAGGGUGUGUCCUUUUAUCAAUAUGUUGUGCAGAGUCGUGAUCCUAGUACAAAUGUGGUGUUACUGGAGGAUGCUGCAGCAGUUCUGAGUGUGGCUAUAGCUGCUACCUGUAUGGGUCUGACUUCUGUAACAGGAAACCCUUAUUAUGACAGUGUGGGGUCACUUGGUGUUGGAACUUUGCUAGGAACGGUGUCAGCGUUUUUAAUCUACACCAACACUGAAGCCUUGCUGGGACGAUCUAUUCAGCCUGACCAAGUGCAGCGACUCACUGAGUUCCUGGAAAGUGAUCCUGUAGUAAGAGCAAUUCAUGAUGUUAAAGCCACAGACAUGGGAAUGAGCAAAGUGAGAUUCAAGGCAGAAGUAGACUUUGAUGGACGGGUUGUUACUCGUUCUUACCUGGAAAAACAAGACAUUGAACAGCUGCUACAAGAAAUUCAACAAGUGAAAACACUUGAAGAAUUAGAAGCCUUCAUGCUUAAACAUGGUGAGAAUAUAAUUGACACACUGGGAGCUGAAGUAGACAGACUUGAGAAGGACCUAAAGCAACGAAACCCGGAUGUUCGCCACGUGGAUUUGGAGAUACUUUAGACUUGGCAGAAGAAAUCUUCAGGUUGCUACCAUUUUGGAAAGAAGUCAUGUAAAGGGCUGAAAAGCUUCUGAAGUUUCAGUGACCUCAGCACCAUACCUCGCUUACUUUUGCUGUAGGCUUCCUGUACUGUUAGCACUCCUUCUGGUUCUGGAAGAGCGCUAGACUUGCAGACAAAAAUUUCCAUGGCAAAAUUCAUUUUCAAAAUCUACUUAAAUUCCACAGGAGAGUCUGCCAGAGUGUAUUUACUGCAAUUCAGAACUUAAGACCUGAGGUUUAGCUAGGCAAAUAUAGCGGCCUGAAAAUAUACAACACACUUAGUUGUUCCAUUUGUGUCCCUUUGCAGUCAGUUUGCACUUCUUUAGUUUCUUUCAAGAUAUCAUUAAAGGUUCUUGGGAGAUAUUAAGAUUAGCUAGGAAGAGUUUGUUCCAGUGGAACCUGCCAACCUUAAACUAAUUGUAGUACUUCCAACUGUGUGAUUGUUUCACAGUUUUUUUUUUGUUUUUUUUUUUUUUUUUUUUUCUUUUUUUUUUUUUUCUAUGAGAUGAGCUCUUUCAAACAGGCCCUGGCCUUCUCUCAAGUAUCACAGCCUGGAAACCUGCUUUUUGCCACUGUUGUGAUUACCACCCAUGCUUCAGAUAAAUAAGGCUUUGCUCCUUAGAGGAGUCAGCUGUCUGUGGGUAGCCAGAGUAUGUUAAGUUACUGUGAAGAAAUUACUGUGUACAGAUUUCAGUGAACUUCUGUUUAAUUUUUUUUUUCCUAUUUUGACACUUGUUCUCUUAUUUGUAAGGAUCUUCAGAUGUAAUCUGUCAGAUCUCUAUGACAGUGCUUAUUAAAAGUUACCUGGCAUUUUUGGCUUUUUAUACUUUCAAUAGGCUGUAUUGCGAGAUACGGUCUUUGCUAGAAGGUAGAAGAGAUGUAGUUGUAAGUUACAAUAGUAAAAAAAUGUAUUAGAACUAUUUAUAAUUAAACAAAUGAAUGCAUUGUACUUUUAAUUUAUUUACUUCUCGAUAUCAUCUGUUUCCCGAAUUCUAAACUGGUUACUUUUGUGUUUUUUAAAAAUUGUCUCUCCUUGCUUGGGAAAGGAAGUUAAUUCUAUGAGUAGUCCUCUACAAUCCUGACAUGAGUGCUUAGAGUUUAUAACUUCAAAAUGUGCAGUUCGAGCACUGUACAUUGUCAGCCUCAAGGCUUUCUGCAGUUGGCACCCAUGUUGUACCAGAUUCCUUGAGACCUGGUCUGGUUAAUAAGGUAUGAGUACUGAUCAUGAAAGUUCAGAUGUAAGGAAAUAACUGAAUAUGAACAACUCUGAGGAAAAUCCUUUAUGCACUUUAACAUAUUUCAGUGAAAUGAGAAUUGCUCACGGGUGAGAGGUGGUAAUAAGACCCUUGAAGUGACUCAGUCAUGACUGAUUUGGUGAAAGAAGAAAUGUUGAUAUGAAACAUAAGUCUUCAAAAAUCAAUUUACGAUUAAAUUAUAAGUAUUGCAGCAAAUAAUAAAUGUGCAGACCAGUAUGUCCAGAUUCGCCUAAAAGCAUUUUAGAAUGGCUUUUUUCAUAUUAAGCAUCACUUACCAGUGAAUUAUGAGAAUUUAAAAUAGCAUGUCUUUUGACAUCUGGAAAGCACUUAGCAUGCUGGUCAUUUUAAGUAGAAGAACAUUCCAGAGCUCAGUUACAAAUGGGGCUUCACAUACAGUAAUUGUGAGUGAAGGCAUCUCUUGAGUACCCUUGUCCAUAAUCCAUAUUUGCUGGUGGCUUUUUAGCAUAUUAAUUUAUUAUGGCUGAUCAAAAGAAGGCCUACUUUAUUUGGCUUUCAAAUAUUGUAGAACUAGUUAGUAUAUUUAAGCCUCAUGAUUUGAAAUGCAGUUUAAAGGUAAUUUGGAAGUGUAGUGUAUCAAGCAAAUAAGGCAUAUUUUAGCUCAUUAUAAAUAAUUUACCUUUGUCUGUCCACUUUCAUGUAAACUUCAUCUCGGUAUGCAUGUUUGUGUUCUACAUGAAGAGGACUGGAAUCUGGUAACUCAUAACCUUUUUCCUUCUUAGAAUAUAUAAAUGGUUUUAAAUUUGAAUAUACACUUUAAUAAACCCAUUGUUCCAGAAAUCAAAAAAAACCUGAAGAGAGGUAAAACUGGGAAAGCAUCCUUACCGAGUUAGAGGCAACAGCCAAUGUGAUGUAAGUGGUUUGUGUUCUGGAUUUACUGAUGAGAGUGGCUGUUAGUGUGCCCUUUGCAGGGUAGCAAUGUCACUGAGAGGUUAGUGAAUGUUAUCUCAAUAUUGAAUUAUUCCCACACUGUGUUUAAGAGGAGGCAAGAAUUUUACAUUCUGAGCAUCUGCUCCAAAAACCUAUAUAAACAUUUUCUUAUCCAUCAGAGAUGUAAGUCAUAUGAAUUCUGAUCUUAAUUCUGUUAUCAAAGGCAGAAGCAUACCCAUCCACACCCACUCAUUUGUAUCCCAAGACAACUGGGAGUCAAGGAUCUGAAUUCUGUUUUUGAAUGUUUUUGGGUGCAUAACACUUGCAUAGUUUGAGAACCCCGUUCCAUUUUUAAAAACAACCUGAAUGGUGAUGUACCACAAAAAGGCAGGCAGAAUGGUUUUGGCAGUACAUUCUAAGUUUACAGAAGUUGCAGCUUUCAUUGAGGCUGUUAUGUUGGUAAGGAAAUAUAAUUCCAAGCUGUUACAUUUUAAUGUAAAUUUUAAAUUGCAGACUGUUUUUAACAGCUUUGACAUUUUUUAGUGCUUUUAUUUUUUUUUCUUUCUUAACCACUCUUAUGGUCUAAAACUUGAGAUAUGGGUCCAGUAUUUAGUUUUGUUUUAGUGGUUUUGGGUAAAAUGUUCAGCUAAUACAUUUACAUGGUAGAAUCCUCAGAAUUAAAGAAAACUUACAAAGUGUGGAAGAAUAUUUUUUUCUUUAUCACACAUGCAAUUAUGUGAUGUUCCUUUUAGAUUGGUUUUAAGGAAAAGGAGUGAGAAUUUAGCUAAGAAUAAGCCUAUAUUCUAGGAUUUUUUAAAUUUAAGGUGGGUUUUUAUAGAAUUAUGUUUGUAGUCUGGCCUUGCAAGUUUUAUUUUUUCAAAUCAUGUUCAAAGUAUACUGCCCUCUGCUUUGUGAAAGUUUGCUUACGUUGUGCAGUAUCUCAUAAUUCUGUAAAACUUGUGAUGUUUGAAAAAAUUCUUAGUAUUCCAAUACACUGAGUCACCUUAAUGUAUUUUAGGUCAGAGUUGACUGAACACUACUAGUAAGUAUUUUCCUGUAGAUUUUUUUUCUAUAAAAGAUAAAAUUCUGAAGUUACUAUCUUCCCCCAUUCAUCACUUUCAUGUCUAAAUUAUGUCCUUUAAACACUGGAAUUCAGUAUUUGAGGUGUUCUUCCUCUAUCCUUCCACUUUCUAAAGCAUUUAUUAAGCAAAUUUUAGUAAAUACUUGAGUGGGCUACUGGAUUACAGAGACUUUUUGCUCUUUGUUCUGGCUUAGAAGUAGCAAAGACUUGGGGAAUGGGAGAACAUAUUUUAUAAGGGCAAGUUGCAUCCUCUAUCCUUUGUGAACUCAUACUCAGGCUGAAGGUUUUUUAGCCUCUGCUUUUCUCCUUUCUCAACUUCCUACAUGGAUUUUAUUUUUUUUUUAGUAACUCUUAGAGGAGGAAGACAUUGUGAGCAUCUUAUAUGUCUAAUAGCAUGGCUAGAUUUUGCUCUUAGUCUCUGGAUUUUGUACUGUCCUUCUUGUUCAAUGAUAGCUGACAAGAGUGAUUACUCUUCUGGAAGCUACAAAUCAUGUUAGCCAAAAAUCCUGGAGUUUUCUGAUAUAGCUGCAGUUUUUUCAGUUAUAUGUGGAGAUUCAGUUCUUAUUGUGAGAUUUUUACUGGCCCCUCUGUGAUAAGGGGAGUAUAGAGAGGAGUUUUAGGUUUGUUUUGUCUAGAUAAUACACUCAUUGCAAUUGUGUUCUCCGUAUUUGUUACCAUUUUAGCUAUCUUUUUUUUUUUUUUUUUUGGUAACAAAAAAUUAUGUAUUAUGGAAGUACCUCUACUAAUGACGAGUGCAUCCAAUACAGGCUUCCUGCAGAGUUCUUCAUCUUUUGAGUGUUGAAAUUGUAGCAGUUUUUGAAAAUUCUCAAUUAGUAGCUCUUUUUCUAAAGUUGAUUUAGAUGUGUGUCUUACAAAAGAGUCUACAGAAGCAUAUUGUUAAAGAUUGGAAAGAAAGAGUAUUUCAUUUUAUGGUCAUGUGUUCUUAAGGCAUUUUGGCUUGGUAGAAUAGAACAAUUGAUUAAAAUUGACUUCUGUACAAAAACUGAACCUCUGUGCAUGCCUGAAGGCUUACGUUGCAAAUGACAAUGUGUUUUUUUUCUUCUAGCUUAAGUAUUGAGCUGCUUCUGUUCUUGUUCUCUGAACAGAGAGUACAGCUAACAUCUUUUGUGGUUUACCUGCUCGAUGUAAGUGAGAAGUCAAGGUGUACCCAAAAGAUUUUUUGGUAGAGUGGUUGCAUAGCUUAAAUAAGCAAUUUUUCCUUUCUUGUCAGUGAGACACAAAUAAUUAAGAUCAAAAGUAGACUGUAUCUUUAUUACAUAUAAAAAGAUACAGGAAUUCAGGCUCUAAAGCACAACAGUCAGAUUUUUGAAAUACAUGUCCUUUGAGGGAAAUAAAAUGUUCCAGGGGUUCCAAGUGGACUAGGGAAACUGCCAUCAAUCAGGCUUUGCUGAAGCAAAAGAAAAGGAGCUACAACAAAGUGUAUUGUAAAAGGAAAAGAAUAGGAGGAAGGAAAAACCUUGGUUUUGAGCACUUGAUGUGGUGUUGGUAUUGACCACUUUGGAACAGGUAAGGGUGAACACAAUCUAAAAAAUUUGGCCAGAAAUAAGAAAUUUUGAUUAGAAAGGGAAAAAAAAAACUGUAGGAAAUUGUAUUUUAAUUGGAACGUGUAAAACCAUGUAGUAUGACAUUCUUUUAGCAAUAUUCAGGUAGUUGUGUGAUUCUUCCCUUUGACCCCCAGCAAAAGCUUUUUUUUUUUUCUCCCCUGUAAAUGGACAUUUGUGUCUCCAUUUACCUAUUCCCUUAUGCAGUAUUUAGUACUGCAGAUAGAAACAUACUCACCUGAAAAUGGUGAUAGUAUAAAAUCAGUCUGGAGCUUUGCUGGUGAGGUAUGUGUUUGGUAAGUGGAGGGUGAAUAAUUUUAAUUGUGGAAGGGGUAGCUGAAAUGAAUUAAAGAGAAAAUUAAUCGAUACUUUCAGCCAGAAAAUGAUUGAAGCACCAUAGUGAAGAUGUUGUGGGGAAAAGAAUACAAACAGGUGCAAUGUUCUUAGCUCUACAGAGUUUGGUGUGGACUGUAAUCAUUGGUUAAGGUGUUAGCCCAUAUUUUUCCAGUUGCUUAAAUGUCUAUGCAUAAGGUUUCUGGUUAAAUCAUCACAUUUUGAAAAGGAGUUAAAGAAAAUGCUGAAAACAUAAUGUAAGAAGGAUGUACAUGUUUAAAUACCACAGACAGAUACCAGUCGAUAAACAGAAAAUUGUUAUUCUGUCCUAUAUUGCACAACGUCUUGGAGGACAGUUUCUUUUUCCUGUGUAAACCAAAGCCACCAAUUAAAAUAAAAGGGUUUUGAUUGCUUUCUGUAAGCAUUACAUGAACAGGAAGCCUGGUCAAAUUUUUGUAUUUGCAGCAUUCACAGUGCUGUUGUAGGGAGAAGGUGUCUGUUAAAGUAGUGGAAUACAGCUCCACAAUAGGAUACAUUUGCUUUUGUAACUGAAAUGUAGACUGUGGUUAAAACUUUCUGAGGUAGCUUCAAAUCUGAAGACAGAAGAAAAAUAAUCUGCAUGGUUGUAGGUAAUGAUGUAAUAAAAAGGUUUUUUAAAAUUAUUUUUAUAAGUUUCUCUUCAAAUUAAAGAUGCUGAAGAACUAUGUGAGAAAGAAGUCUUUGAGAAUUUUUGAAAGCAUUUUGGCUAUUGUCAAAAUUGUACUAAAUCUGGAAGUCUAAUGGUGAGGAUUUGCACUGGUGGUAGAACUUUCACAGGGCAGUCUUAGAGCUCAAACAUGUUUUUCCCUGCAGCCUUUUAAUCAAAUGUGUUCCCUGUUCCUGAUGCUUUUUAGUGUAUAGAGCUUUCCAUUUGGUCUCUUGGUUACUUCAUAUUAGUAUGGGGAAAUAAUUUUGAUUUGUAGACAUUUAAAUAUUUCUCUACAUACGUUCUUUCUUUUGUAAUCGUACUUGAAUUUGGUACAUUCUGUAAAAUGUCUGAAAGUUGUCAUUAUUCAGUAAAAUGUUACAUAGCUGGUAAA